AUGGCUUCCAGCCCGCUACCUGGGCCCAACGACAUUCUGCUGGCGUCGCCGUCGAGCGCCUUCCAGCCCGACGCGCUGAGCCAGCCGCGGCCGGGCCACGCCAACCUCAAGCCCAACCAGGUGGGCCAGGUGAUCCUUUACGGCAUUCCCAUCGUGUCGCUGGUCAUCGACGGGCAGGAGCGCCUGUGCCUGGCGCAGAUCUCCAACACGCUGCUUAAGAACUUCAGCUACAACGAGAUCCACAACCGCCGCGUGGCCCUGGGCAUCACGUGCGUGCAGUGCACGCCGGUGCAGCUGGAGAUCCUGCGGCGCGCCGGGGCCAUGCCCAUCUCGUCGCGCCGCUGCGGCAUGAUCACCAAGCGCGAGGCCGAGCGCCUCUGCAAGUCGUUCCUGGGCGAAAACAGGCCGCCCAAGCUGCCGGACAACUUCGCCUUCGACGUGUCGCACGAGUGCGCCUGGGGCUGCCGCGGCAGCUUCAUCCCCGCGCGCUACAACAGCUCGCGCGCCAAGUGCAUCAAGUGCAGCUACUGCAACAUGUACUUCUCGCCCAACAAGUUCAUCUUCCACUCGCACCGCACGCCCGACGCCAAGUACACGCAGCCCGACGCCGCCAACUUCAACUCGUGGCGCCGCCACCUCAAGCUCACCGACAAGAGCCCCCAGGACGAGCUGGUGUUCGCCUGGGAGGACGUGAAAGCCAUGUUCAACGGCGGCAGCCGCAAGCGCGCGCUGCCGCAGCCCGGCGCGCACCCCGCCUGCCACCCGCUCAGCUCCGUCAAGGCGGCCGCCGUGGCCGCCGCCGCCGCCGUGGCCGGGGGCGGGGGCCUGCUGGGCCCGCACCUGCUGGGCGCGCCCCCGCCGCCGCCGCCGCCGCCGCCCCUGGCCGAGCUGGCGGGCGCGCCGCACGCGCACCACAAGCGGCCGCGCUUCGAGGACGACGACGACUCCCUGCAGGAGGCGGCCGUCGUGGCCGCCGCCAGCCUCUCCGCGGCCGCCGCCAGCCUCUCGGUGGCCGCGGCCUCUGGCGGCGCCGGGGCGGGCGGAGCAGGUGCGGGGGGCGGCUGUGUGACCGGAGUCGGCGUCGGCGCCGGGGCGGGGACGGGCGCGGCGGCCGGCGCCAAAGGCCCGCGCAGCUACCCGGUCAUCCCGGUGCCCAGCAAGGGCUCGUUCGGGGGCGUGCUGCAGAAGUUCCCGGGCUGCGGGGGGCUCUUCCCGCACCCCUACACCUUCCCGGCCGCCGCCGCCGCCUUCGGCUUGUGCCACAAGAAGGAGGACGCGGGCGCCGCGGCGGAGGCCCUGGGGGCCGCGGCCGCCGGUGCGGGCGGCGCGGGCGCAGCGCCCAAGGCCGGCUUGUCCGGCCUCUUCUGGCCCGCAGGCCGCAAGGACGCCUUCUACCCGCCCUUCUGCAUGUUCUGGCCACCGCGGACCCCCGGCGGGCUGCCCGUGCCCACAUACCUGCAGCCGCCGCCUCAGCCGCCCUCGGCUCUCGGUUGCGCGCUGGGGGACAGCCCGGCCCUGCUGCGCCAGGCCUUUCUGGACCUGGCCGAGCCCGGCGGCGCGGCGGGCAGCGCCGAGGCCGCGCCGCCGCCGCCGCCGCCACCACCGCCGCCGGGCCAGCCGCCGCCGGGGGUAGCCAACGGCCCGGGCUCCGGCCCGCCGCCUCCGGCCGGGGGCCGCGACGCGCUCUUCGAGUCGCCCCCGGGCGGCAGCGGCGGGGACUGCAGCGCCGGCUCCACGCCGCCCGCGGACCCCGGCGCAGCGUCCGGGGCAGGGGCUGCGGCCGCCGGAGCGGGCCCCGCGGGCGCCCGGGUGCCCGCGCCCCACCACCCGCACCUUCUGGAGGGGCGCAAGGCGAGCACCGGAGGCUACCACCACUCGAGCGCCUUCCGCCCGGUGGGCGGCAAGGACGACGCGGAGAGCCUGGCCAAGCUGCACGGGGCGUCGGCGGGCGCGCCGCACUCGGCCCAGGCGCACCACCACCACCACCACCACCACCACCCGCACCACCACCACCACCACCACCCCGCGCAGCCGCCGUCGCCGCCGCUGCUGCUGCUGCCCCCGCAGCCCGACGAGCCGGCCUCCGAGCGCCAUCACCCGGCCCCGCCGCCGCCGCCCCCUCCGCCGCCGCCGCCGCCGCUGGCCCCGCAGGUGCACCCCCGGAGCCUGCUGUCCCCCGGGGGCACCAGCUGCAGCUACCCCAGCGAGGACAGCUCGGAGGACGAGGACGACGACGAGGAGGAGGAGCAGGAGGUGGACGUGGAGGGCCACAAGCCCCUGGAAGGCGAGGACGAGGAGGAGGAAGGUCGAGACCCUGACGACGACGACGACGAGGAAGACGAGGAGCCGGGGGUCCUCCUGGGGGACCCCUUGGUCGGGGGCGGCCGCUUCCUGCAGGGCCGAGGGCUGUCGGAGAAGGGCAGCAGCCGGGACCGCGCGCCGGCCGCCGCGGGCGCCUUCCCACUCGGGCUCAACUCGUCGCGGCUGCUGCAGGAGGACGCCAAAGUGGGGGACCCGGGCGGCGCGGACCUGCCCCCGCCGCCGCCGCCGCCGCCCCUGGCCCCGCAGAAGGCGAGCAGCGGCGGCAGCAGCCCGGGCAGCCCCGGCCAGCACCCGUCCCUGGAGGAGCAGCCCUCCUACAAAGAUAAUCAGAAAACUAAGGAAAAUAACCAAGUGAUUGUAUCCACAAAGGAUGACAACAACUUUUCAGAUAAGACCAAGGAGCAUAGCUUUUUCAUCACAGACUCCGACGCUUCGGGAGGAGACUUUUGGAGAGAAAGAUCAGGUGAACACACACAAGAAGCCAGCUCACCUCAUACACUCAAGAAGGAUGUAGAAAACAUGGGGAAAGAAGAACUUCAGAAGGUUUUAUUUGAACAAAUAGAUUUACGGAGACGACUGGAGCAAGAAUUCCAAGUGUUAAAAGGAAACACAUCUUUCCCAGUGUUCAAUAAUUUUCAGGAUCAGAUGAAAAGGGAACUAGCCUACCGAGAAGAAAUGGUGCAACAAUUACAAAUUAUUCCCUAUGCAGCAAGCUUGAUCAGGAAAGAGAAGCUUGGUGCCCAUCUCAGCAAAAGCUAA